CUGCUGCUCCUAUGGUUUAGUCCAGAAAUGGCCGAAAACGCAUGUGCUCCACUAACAACUUCCCGACGAGCUUUAACUAGAGAAUUACUUUAUUAUUUCUGAAGUUUGCGGUUUUCAGCGAUUGUCACUCGUGUUGAGUUAAAGUUUAGAAGAGAAGCCGAGUGAACACUUGCGGUUUAACGAGUCAUUUCAACACAAUGCCUCACAGGAAGAAGAAAUCCUUCAUCAGUAAGAAGAAUGCUGUGUCGUUCCACCUGGUGCACAGGAGUCAGAAGGACCCGCUGGCGGCCGACGAGAAAGCGCCUCAGCAUGUCCUCUUACCUGCCGUGAAGAUUGAGGUGGAGAAGAGGAGGGAGGAGCAGAGGAAGUACGGCGUGUUUUUCGACGAUGAUUACAACUACCUGCAGCACCUCAGAGAGGCGUCUCAGCCCGCAGAGCUCGUCUCCGCGCCACGACCGUACAGAGAGACACGACCUCUGGGUUUUGAAGAAGAAGAAGAAGAAGAGGAGGAGGUGGAGGAAGUAGAUGAGGACGAGCAGGGCAAGGAAGAGGCCCUGACCAUUCCUGCGGCCUCCAUCAAGCUCCCGUCGUCUGUGUUUGCCUCCGAGUUUGAGGAAGAAGUGGGUUUGUUAAACAAAGCAGCUCCGAUAUCAGGCCCGAGGCUGGACAUGGACCCGGACAUCGUGGCCGCUCUGGAUGAAGACUUUGACUUCGACGACCCCGAGAACAUCCUGGAGGACGAUUUCGUCAUUAAGGCCAAUGACGUCGUGUCAGCAGAUGGCAACACUGGAAUAAGAACCAUGUUUAAACACCACAGUGAAGAUGAUGAUGAUGAUGAGUGGGAGGACACGGACGAGGGUGAGAGCGGAGAAGACGACGACGAGCAGAGCUACGAUUCGGCAGGCGGAGUGUCGGAUGAGGACGGUGAAGCCGGCAGGAGACGGUUCAUGUUCAUGGACUGUGAGACGAAGAGUCGCUUCACAGAUUACUCUCUCACGUCGUCGGUGAUGAGGAGGAACGAGCAGCUCACCCUCCUAGACGACCGCUUCGAAAAGUUCUACGAGCAAUUUGAUGAUGAUGAAAUCGGCGCUCUUGAUAACGCAGAGCUGGAAGGAUACAUCGACCCGUCGAGUACAAGGCUGGAGGAGGUCAUCCACGAUUACUUCAAACAGAAGGAGAAAGAGAUCCAGACGCCGGAGCAGCUUGGUCCUCCUGAACUGCCCUCACUGAAGGAAGAAGAGGAGGAGGAGGAUGAAGAGCAGGAAAUGGAGAUACUGGUCAUUGAGGAGUCGCCUGAGGAGAAAUGGGACUGCGAGACCAUCAUCAGUACGUACUCAAACCUCUACAAUCGUCCGAAGCUGAUCGAAGACCCACCCAGGCAGAAGAAGCAGAUUCGCGUGUCCAGUAAGACGGGGAUUCCUCUGGACGUGCUGCCUAAGAGAGGUCUGACUGCCAAGCAGGUGGAGCGCAUGGAGAGGAUCAACGACUCGGACCUGCCGCGGGUCUCCACGCAGCCGCGCUCUCGAGAGGAGAGCACAGACGACCGCAGACUCAGGAAGCAAGCUAUCAAAGAGGAACGGAAGGAGCGACGGAUGGAGAAGAAGGCUAACAAGGUGGCGUUUAAGGAGGAGAAACAGAAGCAAGAGAAGGAGAUGGUCAGCCUGAGGGCUAACGUACAGGGCAUGAAGCUCUCCUAAUCCCCGACGGACCUCGCGCCACGUCGGAUUGAGGCCGUGCUCCGCGAUCAGAGGCGGGGUUUCCCUUUGGUGAUCCGAAUAAAGAGCAGAGCAGUGACGGACAAUCUGCUGGGACGGAAGGAUAUCUGAUCUGGCACUCGGAAUUCUCCUGAUUAGUUGGUAUCCGAUAUUGAAGCGAAGUCCGUUGUUAAUAAUUAACUUGAGUUACAUCUUAACAUGGUCUUAUCACUUUAUCCUCUUUCACCCACUGCUCGCUGGUUAAGGAGCAAUCUACCAUGAAAUCUGGGGUAAUAUCCAUAAAGGAGGAUUACUCGUGUGCUGUUAUGAGUCGGACUCUCAGUUAGGCUGUACAGACCGAUCCAAGCGUAUCUAACAUUACUCCUUAUUGAGUUUCCGAUAGGUUUAUUAUUGAAAUUCAAAUAAACCUUGUUUUCGUGUGCCAAACGUUUCAGGAUGUACAUUUGCACACGACCCGAUCAUACAGGAAACGGUCCGUCCAGGAUCUCAAGAAUUUGUGAUGGCAGAAAUUAACACACACACACACAC